CCACACGGCUCAUGCAAGUCAUCCUGAUAUUGCUUUUUCAAUUAUCCUAAUAUUCCCGCCUCACUCACCAGGCCGAGCGUAUAAAGACUCGGAUACAGAGCGCGGUGCCGCUUUAGUGCUGAGUCACGCUCCGACCUAAAACCUGCCCACAGAAGAAGCACAUGGACGGACAAAACAGCAAUAUGAGCGCUAAUGCCAAGAUGUUUAACCAAGCCAAGACGCUCAGACUCCACACCGGGAACAUAGUCAACCGGAAUCGGAUGAAGAAGAAGUGUCCCGGCUCUCCCAGUGAAGAGCUGCAAGACUGCAUUCAGGCAACACUGAGUGACUGGUUUUCCCAGACAAAGCUAAAUGCAGAGGACUUCCAAGAUACACUGGACUGCUCCAUUCCUGAAGCAACAGAUGCUAUAACACCAGAGGAGAGGGAGGAGCUGAAGGUUUCGGCUAAAUUAUUUCUAUGUGAGUCUGAUGAAUCCUCAAUCAAAGAAGCAGUUAAGAUGGCCUGCCAGACACUGGCAGUGUCCCAGCUUGAUUCUGUUAUAAUAGCGCCCCCUGGGCCCCCAGAGGGGGACACACAGACUCUGGCUCACCUACAGCCAGUCUGGGAGGAGCUGGAGGCUUUGGUGCAGAACCAUCAGAUUGCAGCUAUCGGCACCUCUGACUUGGACAAAGAUCUGCUGGAACAGCUGUACAACUGGGCUCAGAUAAAGCCCAGCAGUAACCAGGUGAACCUGGCUUCCUGCUGCGUGAUGCCCCCUGAUCUCACAGCCUUCGCAAAAGAGUUUGACAUUCAGCUGCUCACACACAAUGACUCCAAAGAGCUCAUGUCAGCAGCAGCAUUCCAACAGGCUGUACGGGAGGGGACACAGGAGCUCAGUGUCGCCGACUGGAGGCUGGAGUGGGUUCUACGAUACUCCAUUAUUGUCAAAUGCAGAGGCAUUAUAAAGUCCAAAGGUUACCUUGUCAGUGCGAAGAAGGCAAGCCCCUAGCACAGCCCAUCCAUGAAGAUGUACGGAUAAAGCCAUGUUAUUCAUGAUUACUUCAAACCACAGCAACAAGCACUCAGUAAUAGAUGUUGCCCAUAAUGGUGAAUCUCUAAUGUAUUUUUAUAUCUCUGUUUUGUCUUUCUUAAGAUAGAAAAGAAACAUGAGACUAACUUGAAUUACAUUUUCAAUGGGCUCAUUCUAGUGAAACAUAAAGGGUAUUCUGAUAUACUGUAUUUUAGUUGGUAAUGAAGUGCCUCUUUGAUUCCUGUCAAUUUCCCAAAUCUGAGAAAGAAGAGACAAAACCUGUAAAUUAUUUGUGCAAACGCUUUGAUUCUCUCUAUGUAUGAUUCAUUUAGAAACAUUUGCAUUCCAGUCUUGGCAAAAAGCACUAAUCACACUAAAUGAGCAUAUGGAGUGGUGAUACUGUAAUGCAGUUUAAGAUCCUAUGCUUAACAUGUAUUCAUGCAUUUUCACCCUAAAUGUUUUUUGAUGUUGAAUGUUUACACCAGGCUCAUGAGAUUAACAGUAGUACAGAAACACAUGAUUUGCAUUGUUACAAUUGCACUGGGGAAUUUUUCUGGUGGUGUCACCUGAAUGGUGAAUUAAAGCUGCUCCUGUGCACAGGGUCCAGUGAAUAAAAUGAAGCAGCUCCUCUACUGUACUGUAAAUGUAUUGUCAUAUCUGUAUAUUAUGAUUAAAUCAUCAUGGUUCCAGUUUGUAUUAUAUUUGGGUUGGACGAGUGUAAUCGAUAAUAAAUUGCAAAUAUUCCAAAGAAAACGUA